AUGGUUGAGGGCGGCGACAUCAUCAUUGAUAGUUCGGCUCGUUCUAAGGAUUUGGGGAAACCGAAAACAUUGAAUGUAUUUGACAAUGCAUUGCAAUCCUGGGCUGAAAUAGAUUUACCUGCUUUGCAAAAGAAAUUAGAUGAACAAGGAUUGUCCCUUAAAGAUGAACAAAAAAGUUCGUUGUUGAGCCGUAAGAACCUAGCAGCAAAGACAAAGGAAUUCAAGAAGCUUCCAGAUAGCCAAAAACUAGAAGGAUUUAAGUCCUUAUUAAAAUUAUAUCAAAACGAGAUUGAUGCUUUGACUAAUAAGAAGAAAGACGCCGAAAGCUAUUUUUUUGGGAUUUAUCGUAUAAUAGCGGAGGCACCAGAUCCAAGGCCCCUUCUUGAGCUUUCUCUAGAUGCAGUUGCUGAAAUAUCGGAUCUUGAUGACUUGAGGAGAGAUGUGACUCGACUUAAUGAAGAACUAAGUAAAAAGGCAGACUAUGAACAAUUGAAGCAGCGAUUACUACAAAAUGAGCAAAGAUCUGCAGAGACUCUAAGUUCCAAGCUCGUUGCUAAGGAAGAAGAGUUCAAAGCAUUAAUUGACGAGAAGGAAUCUAACUGGAAAGAAAGGGAGAAAUCCUUCCAGAACCAAAUUAAAGAGGCUCAAAGGAAAAUAGAGGAAUUGAGAACCUCAAAGGAAGUAACUGAGCUUCAGUUGAAUAGUCAGCAAAGCCAAAGCAAUUCGUUAAGCUCCGCAGAGGUCGUUGCUGAAUUGGAAAUUGUUUCGAGAGAUGCUGAAUCCUCCAAGAAAAGAGUAUUCGAAUUAGAGAAACGAAAUGAACAGUUAAGGAGAGAUUUAUCAAAUUCUCAAAAUGAUGCUACAAUUACAAGUUUAAAAGCUGAAUAUACGAAGAAGAUUUCUGAACUCGAAGGGGAAAAUGCCUUGCUACUUGCGCAAUUUGAAAAUCAUAAAAAGGACCUAAAGGAUACUUCGAAGCAGAGUCUGUACAAAAUUGAAUCUCUUAAUAGAGAAAUUUUGCAAUUGAGUUUUGAAAUAAAGAAAUUGAAAGAGAAAUUGGAGAAAUCAAUUGAUUAUGAAGAGAUAAAGCACGAAUUGCAACUAUUGCGUCAAAUCGAAUUUGGAAAUGAAGAAGAUAUAAAUGAUGGAGCUAUUGAUUCCGUGAUUUUACAGAAGAAUAAAUCUUUGACUAAAGAACUAGCUGAUUUGAGAUCUCAGCAUGAUGAUCAUGUUUCUAAAAUUGAGAAUUUAAAUGCAGAAGCAACAAAUAUUAAACAAGAACUCGAGAAAUCUCGUGCUUUGAAUAUAAAGUUGGAAAAUGACAUGGCAGAUGUUCGUGAGUAUUCGAAUAGUGGUAAAUUCAAUGAUACUUCUAGUAUAAUAUCAGGCAUGAGCAAGGUCACAAGAGGGGUAAGAAAUGGGACAGCUGGACCAAAUAGCUCUUCUGAUGAGACAUCGAUUUUACCUAUUAUUACGAAGCAAAGAGACAGGUUUAGAGAUCGGAAUAAUGAGCUUGAGGAUGAAUUGAAGAAACAAUACACCAUCGUAUCUGACUUGAAAAGAAACGUUAACGCGUUGAAAAGAGAUAACGAAGAACUUUAUGAGAGAACAAGAUAUCUAGCUUCUAUGAAGAACAACUUGGACCAUAAUAACGCUAGUCGGCAGUUGGCUACCAGAAAAUUUCAACCUAAAUCAAACAUUGACGAAAGCAAUCCGUAUCGAGAAGUUUAUGAGUCGAGAUUACAUCCUAUCGAACAAUUCAGGUUGCGAGAACAAGAAAGAAUUAGUUCUAAACUUUCACCUUUGGAGAGGCUAUUUAUAUCAGGAACUCGAGCAAUCUUAGCAACGAGAACGACCAGGAUGCUCUUCUUAUUCUACUGUAUUGGGCUCCAUUGCAUUGUAGUCUUCAUGACUAUUUAUUCAAUGAGCCUAAGUACGUCUCUCAUUCCUGAGGUUGGUUUGAAUAGUAGCACCGGCGGUGUCGCUGGUGGUGGUGCGCUUGCCGCAGAACCUGGUGUUGCAGCUCAGCCCGAUUCCCCUAAUAUCUGA